AUGGCAGCCGCCCAACAUCUUGAUCACCUGGAAAAUGUCGUAUCGUCUGGCUACAGCUACCGUCUUCUCGAGGGCUGGGUCAUGCCGCCCGAAAUAACAGACCAGUCGCUCUCCUUCUCUCGAAACCUUCCUACACGGCCAACGGACAUUUGUUUUGUGUCGUAUCCAAAAUCCGGGACGACCUGGCUGGCUUUUAUCCUGGUGUUGCUGACCGGGAAGAAAAAGGACUCCCUUGAAAAUUCCUACGUCUGGCCUGAGAGUGACCGGACCUUCCAGGGGACUGCGGAGGAUUUGGCCCAGUUAGAUGACCCGCGCUUGUUCAAAUCCCACAUGCCCUAUCAUAUGGCCCUUGGGUCUCCGGCGCGAAGCCCCUGCCGAUACAUCUACAUCGCUCGGAACCCAAAGGAUGUGUGCACCUCUUAUUACCACUUUGAGCGAAAUCAGAGCUGGUCCGGGUUUUUUGACGGCGGAUGGGACAGAUGGUUUGAGAUGUUCGUUACGGGAAAGGUGCAGCGAGGCAAUUGGUUUGACCACGUGUUGAGCUGGUGGGAGAAACGGCACCAAGAGAAUGUGGUGUUUGUGAAAUACGAAGAUCUGCAGAAGAACUUUGAUUCAGAGCUAAGAAGGAUUGCCAACUUCCUCCAUAUAGAGGUCGAGGACGCAAAGAUCAACGAGAUCAGGGAUACGGUGAGCUUUUCCAAGAUGAAGGCCGACAAAUUCAGCAGUUUGGCCAAUCAGGAGGGCCACUCUGGUCUUUUCCGCAAGGGCAAAGUUGGGUCUUGGAGGGAGCAAUUCACUGCCAAGCAGACGGAGGUCUUUGAUUCAAUGUACUGGGACCGCAUGGCUAAUACUGGCCUAUCAUUCGACUUUGAGUAG